GCGUCGUGCCGCCAUUGGUGGCCCUGGAUUAGGCUCCUUCCCUCCUCUCUCUCACCCCGAGCCUCUCGCGGCCACCUCAGGCCUCACUCCUUCGGUUCCCUCCCCAGUUCUCUUCUCCCGACACUCCAAACCCCGCCAUGGCGGAGCGGCUCGCGUCCUCGGCCUCCCUCCUCCCCAGCGCGGCCUCGCCUUCCUCGUCGACCCGCCGCGCCGCCGUCGCCUCCGGGCUCCGCCUCCGCCCGUCGCCCUCGCGCUUCUCACAGGCUGCGAGGAGAGUGCGCGGUGGCGCUGGCGCCGCCGGGGUGGUGCCACGGCUGCGGGUGGUGCGAUGCAUGGCGGCGUCGGAGGCCGCGCAGCUCAAGAGCGCGCGGGAGGACAUCAAGGAGAUCCUCAAAACCACCUACUGCCACCCUAUCCUGGUCCGUUUGGGAUGGCAUGAUUCAGGUACAUAUGACAAAAAUAUCGAGGAGUGGCCGCAGAGAGGCGGAGCCGACGGAAGCUUACGAUUUGAUCCUGAGUUGAGUCAUGGAGCCAAUGCUGGUCUUACUAAUGCUUUAAAGCUUAUUCAACCAAUCAAGGACAAAUACCCCGGUAUCACUUAUGCGGAUUUGUUCCAGUUGGCGAGUGCUACAGCAAUUGAGGAAGCCGGUGGCCCGAAACUCCCGAUGAAGUAUGGGCGGGUAGAUAUCACAGCACCCGAGCAAUGUCCACCUGAGGGGAGGCUUCCUGAUGCUGGCCCACGUUUACCUGCUGAACACCUUAGGGAGGUAUUCUAUAGGAUGGGCCUUGAUGACAAGGUGUGGGACGAUGCGAGGAACUUGAAAAAAAAAGAACAUGUCUGCUUGUGUGUUGCUGAUAACUUGAGGUGUUUUGUGCAGGAAAUUGUUGCAUUGUCCGGAGCACAUACACUUGGAAGGUCGCGCCCUGACAGGAGUGGCUGGGGAAAGCCAGAAACAAAAUAUACAAAGGAUGGGCCUGGUGAACCUGGAGGGCAAUCAUGGACGGCUGAAUGGUUGAAGUUUGAUAAUAGUUACUUCAAGGACAUAAAAGAGCAAAGGGAUCAGGAGCUUCUAGUAUUGCCUACAGAUGCUGCGCUAUUUGAUGACCCAUCAUUCAAGGUAUACGCGGAGAAGUACGCAGAGGACCAGGAGGCAUUCUUCAAAGACUACGCCGAAGCCCAUGCUAAACUGAGCAACCUUGGUGCAAAGUUUGAUCCUCCUGAGGGAUUCUCGUUGGACGAUGACAAGGGUGCCGUGGCAACUGAAGAGAAGGCGGUUGCUGAUCCAGCACCAACAAGUGAUACCAAUGGCGCAGGACCACAGCCAGAGCCCUUCGUUGCCGCCAAAUACUCUUACAAGAAGAGAGAGCUAUCCGACACGAUGAAACAGAAGAUCAGAGCCGAGUACGAGGGCCUUGGAGGCAGCCCAAAUAAGCCUAUGAAGUCCAACUACUUCCUCAACAUUAUGAUCGUGAUCGCAGGAUUGGCAUUCUUGACGUCUUUGGCCGGGAACUAAGAGCGGUGGUCCGACGAGUCUGUCUUUUUUUUUCAUCUACUGUAAUUAACCAUUUUCCAGGGACUGAUCGACAUGCAAGAUGAGCAUGUGAAACAAAUGCAAUGCUUUUGGUCA